CCAGUCGAAGAGCGAACGCAGACACUGCUCGAAUUUCGCAGGCAACACACCGCGAGUACGCGCGCUGCAUCAAAUAUUAUUUUUUUUUAUUCGUACCACAACAGUUCGCGUAUAAUAACGAUUAUAAUUUUUAAAUAUCGUACAGUCCGCGUGUGAUAUCGUCGUAGUAUUAUUUACAUUAUUUUAAAGCGUUGCUGCUGCUGUCGGCGUUUUUAAAUUUAUUUGUGUGUUUUCGUAUUAAUACAACGUAGGCACCUCCGCGAUCGACACGUUUAAUAUUGCGUAUUGCGGUGCGACCGAUACUGCGUGUAAAUAGUUUUUCGGUUUUUUCCCUAUUUCAAUACAUAGAUGCCAUCUAAUAUACGUACCCGAUAAUACUUCAAUCAGCUCUACCCGAUUUUUUUGUGUCUUGGCCGUCACCAGAUACCACGAUCACCACACAAAUAAUUGUACUGAUAUUGUAAUUACGAUGGACGAUCCGUGGUACAAAUCGACAGAUUCGUUGACAUGGGCGUUGACGAGGAAAAAGACCGAUUCGGAUGAACCGGGCAAAGAAAAACUCAACCGGGUGUUGACUUUCUUCGAUUUGACCGCAUUGGGCACCGGCUCCACAUUAGGAUGUGGUGUGUACGUGUUAGCUGGUGCAGUGGCUAAAUCGAUUGCCGGUCCAGCCGUAGUCCUGUCUUUCGCCAUAGCCGCUGUGGUAUCUGCGUUUUCCGGAUUAUGUUACGCCGAGUUUGCCGGUAGAGUACCCAAAGCUGGAUCUGCAUAUAUCUACAGUUACGUGGCGGUUGGCGAGUUCACUGCGUUCGUUAUCGGCUGGAAUCUACUUAUUGAGCAUCUCAUCGGUACCGCGUCUGUAGCCAAGGCCAUGAGCAAUUACUGCGAUUCUCUGUUGGGUAGUCCACAGAGAAGGUACAUGACCGAACAUUUUCCCAUACACAUAGGUUUUUUGGCCGAUUAUCCUGACAUUGCGUCAUUUGUCGUGAUCGUCGUCAUCGCACUAUUGGUAGCUUGGGGAGUUCGUGAAUCGUCAUUUACCAACAACAUAUUUACCGCACUGAAUUUGAUAACCGUUUGCACCGUGAUUGUCACCGGAUUUUAUAAAGCCAACUAUUCAAACUGGUCUAUUCCGAAAAGCGAAAUUCCGCCGGAAGCAAAGGGCGGCGAAGGCGGUUUUUUACCAUUCGGAUGGGUCGGCGUAGCAGCCGGAGCUGCGAAAUGUUUCUACGGAUUCAUCGGUUUCGAUUCGAUUGCCACGACUGGCGAAGAAACGAAAAAUCCCAAAAGAGAUAUACCGUUGGCAAUCGUCGCGUCUCUGUUUCUCAGCACGAUCGCUUAUUGUGGAGUGGCCACUGUUUUAACACUCAUGUGGCCUUACUAUUCGCAGGAUCCAGAUGCACCACUUCCAGCACUCUAUGAAAAUUUGGUGCCGGUGAUAAAGAUUAUAGUCUCGGGCGGUGCGAUAUUUGCCUUGUGCACGAGUCUUUUGGGUGCAAUUUUUCCACUGCCUCGCAUCUUGUACGCGAUGGCCAGCGACGGUUUACUUUUCAAGUUCUUGUCGAACAUAAACUCCAGGACCAAAACUCCUCUGAUAUCGACGGUCAUUUGCGGAGUUUUCGCCGGAACUUUGGCCACCGUGUUCAAUCUUGAGCAGCUCAUCGAUAUGGCGUCCAUCGGCACACUCCAGGCCUAUACGAUCGUUUGCAUUUGCGUGUUGAUACUGCGGUACACCGACAACAGUCCGUCCAUCCAAGACAACAUAACCAAGUCGAAAGGGAUUACGGUUUACACGUGGUUGAAUUUGUCGAACGCUAAAGUGCCCAACUCCGACACUCAAUACGUCUCAAGGGCGUUGAUAUUAAUAUUUAGUGUAUUUACAUUUGUGUUUGGAAUAAGCUUAUCGAAUAUGGAAUCACAUCAUGGAAAUACGAGAAACGUACUCAUGAUUAUAAAUGUAAUAUCACUUAUGGUUUUGUUGGUUACGUUGUUUAUGCUGGGCAGACUUCCGACAGCUCAAGAAGAUCUAUCUUUUAAGGUGCCUUUGGUUCCCAUCAUACCGUGCUUGAGCAUUGCUUUAAAUGUUUAUCUGAUGAUGGAAUUAGAGUACAAGACUUGGAUAAGGUUCAUCGUAUGGCUUAUAUGUGGAUUAUUGAUAUAUCUGUUCUACGGAAUUGGUCACAGUUUGGAAGGCAAUAAGCAAAAAAUUCAGCUAAACACAAUUCAAAUCAAACCGAAGUUAUCAAGUUAAUUAUAUGGAUUUUUAUUAAAUUAACAAUACAGCGG